CAAAACUCGGCUCAAGAUCAACUCCUCUACUGAUGUGAGUUACUUGUUAGUGAGGAUCUGCUAUAUUUGCUAUUUAUUUGCUUUCAAAAACGCAAAAGCAGAUUGAUGAUGAGAUUUAGCCUUGCUGCUGUUGUUUUGUGCUGACCUUUGAUGAAUGCAGUUUUCAUUCAAACCGUAAGAUGAGGAACGAUCUCCUGCCAAACGUAUCUGUGAACGGGGCUUCAAUUCCAAAAUAAACUUUGCUCUUCGUAUUGGUUAUUGGCCGAACAAAUGGAUAUGGGAAACUUCACCCAGCAGACUAGUUUAUUAUAUUCUAUCAAGAUUGAGAAUUGACUUUUUUCACUUUUGAUGACCAGUAAUUAAAGUGAGGCAAAAAUAAGACGGCUACCACCUGUUCUUUGCAAACGAUGUCUUGGCUUCAGUUCUCAAUAUGCCACGAAUUCAAUGUUGAAUCAUUCAGUUCUUAGAACGUUGAGGAGACGUUUCAAACCCCACGACAAAGUAGCGAUGCCAAGAAAAAAGGCUAAGCUUGAACAAACAGAGUACAGCCAGCGGAGAUAGUUCAAAAAUGGAAGAGAAUCGGGGAACACUUGAUCUUAAUAUCUGCCGUGUCCGCAAGCUACGACUCAUCAUCAAUCGUCUACACACGCUCCUCCAUUCCACUGCUUUACUUUUCUUGUUCUGCUACAGAGUAUGCUUCUUCUUCCAAGACCUAGAAACCAAAACAAGCCCCUUGUUGUCCUGGAUUCUUGUUUUCGCAUCAGAAAUCCUUCUAUCCUUCAUUUGGAUUCUCGGCCAAGCUUAUCGAUGGCGUCCCGUUUCGAGAACUGUGUUUCCAGAAAGAUUACCAGAAGACGACAAGCUUCCUGCUAUUGAUGUGUUCAUAUGUACUGCAGAUCCAGUGAAGGAACCCACUGUGGGUGUUAUGAACACUGUACUGUCAGCCAUGGCUUUGGAUUACCCCCCUCAGAAGCUUCAUGUGUAUCUCUCGGAUGAUGGCGGUUCCAAUCUGACUUUGCAUGGUAUGAAGGAGGCUUGGAAGUUUUCGAGGUGGUGGCUUCCCUUCUGCAGAAAGUACAGAGUAAAGUGUAGAUGUCCCAAGGCUUUCUUCUCUGCUUUCGAGACAGACGAUGAUUUUGCUGGGAAUAGUUUGUUUAUGACAGAGAAGCAAAAGAUCAAGGAAAAAUACGAGGCUUUUGAGGAGGAGAUAAAGAGAGCCAGAGAAGGCAGAGCCCCGAGCAAUGAUGAGCAGGAUCACCCAUCUAUCAUUGAGGUGAUCCAAGACAAUACAAGUGAAGUGGAACAAGUGGAAUUACCUCUUCUUGUCUACGUUUCCAGGGAAAAAAGGCCUUCUCAUCCCCACCAUUUUAAGGCUGGAGCACUGAAUGUCCUUCAUCGUGUGUCGGGUGUGAUGAGCAAUUCCCCAUACAUCCUCGUACUAGAUUGUGACAUGUUUUCCAAUGACCCUACUUCAGCUCGACAGGCUAUGUGUUUCCACCUUGAUCCUAAGAUAUCACCAUCCCUCGCUUUUGUUCAGUUUCCUCAGAAAUUUCACAAUGCCAGCAAGAACGACCUCUACGACAGUCAAUUGCGAUCCGUAUUUACAGUUAAAUGGCAAGGUAUGGACGGGCUUCAGGGUCCUGUGUUAUCCGGUACAGGCUUCUAUAUUAAGAGGGCCUCGUUAUGUAGAAAAUUCACUGACCAAGGCACUGACCUGAUGGAACUUCGACAAUAUUUUGGCUCAUCCAAUGAGUUCAUCAAAUCCCUCAACCAAAACUACAUCUCUGCUAUUACGGAGCCCGGUGGGCAUGCAUUGCUGCAAGAGACUCGGCUAUUGGCUUCUUGUGACUAUGAAAUCGGAACUAAAUGGGGUCAAGAGGUCGGUUUCUUGUAUGAUUCUGUGGUCGAAGAUUAUCUCACUGGGUUCAUCUUGCAUUGCAAUGGCUGGACUUCAGUAUUUUGUGAACCAUCUAGGCCACAGUUCCUGGGAACAGUUACCACGAAUUUGAAUGAUGUACUGAUUCAAGGAUCCAGGUGGAGUUCUGGACUGUUUGAAAAUGGUAUAAGCAAGUACUGCCCCCUUAUACGUGGGCCUUUCAGGAUGUCUCUUCUUCAGAGCAUGUGCUUUGCAGAACUCACAUAUUUCCCUUUAUAUUGCUUGCCUCUUUGGUGUUUCGCUACCAUCCCUCAACUCGCUUUAAUAGAUGGAACUCCCCUGUACCCUAAGGUCUCAGACCCAUAUUUCCUGGUCGUGUUGUUCAUUUUUGUGUCAGCACUUUCUAAGCAUUUACUGGAAGUCCUUAUAAGUGGAGGAACACUUUAUCAGUGGAUUAAUGAAGAGAGGAUGUGGAUGAUAAAAUCAGUCACAUGCCAUCUAUAUGGAUGUUUGGAUGCUGUGAUGAAGAAAUUUGGCAUAAGAGAAGCUAAUUUCUUGCCCACCAAUAAAGUGGAGGAUGAUGAGCAAACGGGGCUAUAUCAAAUGGACAAGUUUGAUUUCAGGGCAUCAAAUAUAUUCCUUGUACCAGUGCUUGCCCUCCUUACCCUCAACAUAGCUUGCUUCACAGUGGGUACUUAUAGGGCUGUUUUUGUGGGUGAUUGGGAUAGUAUGUUCAUUCAUCUGAUCCUUUCAGCUUAUAUUAUUGUUCUAAAUUAUCCUGUUAUUGAAGGUUUGGUCAUUAGGAGAGAUAAGGGGCGUAUUCCAUUUUCAGUAGCUGUAAUAUUUGCCGUCCUGGCCACUCUUGCGGGUUUGGUAUUUUAUGCGCUGUCCAGGAAUGUGUGAAGUGACAUAAGCGAAAACACAUCGCAGAGAUUCUGUUUUCAAUUUAGAUAAAUAUUUUGCUUCAAUCUAAAGGGUUGAAUCAUA